GUGGAGAAUGGAGUGACAGAGAAACGCGGAGGGUGGGGGGUGGGGGGGAGAGUGUUGAGGGAGGGGGGAGGGGGGACACAGAGGGAGGAAGAAGCGGCGGCGGCGGCUCCUCUUUGCAGAGGGGGAAAACUCCGAGGGACAAGAGCAGGAAUAAUGCGGUAGGCAAGGCGGGCUGUUCGCUCCCGGCUCCCGGCUCCGGCAGCAGCGGCGGCAGCCCGAGCAGCGGCAGCAGCAGCGGCAGCACCCCCAGCAGCUGACAGCCCCGCCGGCAGGCUCCCUCGCUGACCGCCGACUGUCAAUGGAGCUGGAAAACAUCGUGGCCAACACGGUCUUGCUGAAAGCCAGGGAAGGGGGUGGAGGAAAGCGUAAGGGGAAAAGCAAGAAGUGGAAGGAAAUCCUGAAGUUUCCUCACAUUAGCCAGUGCGAAGACCUCCGAAGGACCAUAGACAGAGAUUACUGCAGUUUAUGUGACAAGCAGCCAAUCGGGAGACUGCUUUUCCGGCAGUUCUGCGAAACCAGACCUGGGCUGGAGUGUUACAUUCAGUUCCUGGACUCAGUGGCAGAAUAUGAAGUUACUCCAGAUGAAAAACUGGGGGAAAAAGGGAAGGAAGUUAUGACCAAGUACCUCACUCCAAAGUCCCCAGUUUUCAUUGCUCAGGUUGGCCAGGACCUGGUCUCCCAGACAGAGGAGAAGCUCCUACAGAGGCCCUCCAAGGAACUCUUCUCUGCCUGUGCACAGUCUGUCCAUGACUACCUGAAGGGAGAGCCCUUCCAUGAGUAUCUGGACAGCAUGUAUUUUGAUCGCUUUCUGCAGUGGAAGUGGUUGGAAAGGCAACCGGUAACCAAAAACACCUUCAGGCAGUACCGAGUACUAGGCAAAGGGGGCUUUGGGGAGGUCUGUGCCUGCCAGGUUCGGGCCACGGGGAAAAUGUAUGCCUGCAAGCGCUUGGAGAAGAAGAGGAUCAAGAAAAGGAAAGGGGAGUCCAUGGCGCUCAACGAGAAGCAGAUCCUAGAGAAGGUCAACAGCCGCUUCGUGGUCAACCUGGCCUAUGCCUAUGAGACCAAGGACGCGCUGUGCUUGGUUCUGACCAUCAUGAAUGGGGGUGACCUCAAGUUCCACAUCUACAACAUGGGUAACCCUGGCUUCGAGGAGGAGCGAGCCUUGUUUUACGCGGCAGAGAUCCUCUGUGGCUUGGAAGACCUCCACCGGGAGAACACGGUGUACAGAGAUUUGAAACCUGAAAAUAUCCUGCUCGAUGAUUACGGCCACAUCCGGAUUUCGGACCUGGGUCUGGCUGUGAAGAUCCCUGAGGGAGACCUGAUCCGUGGCCGCGUGGGCACUGUCGGCUACAUGGCUCCGGAGGUCCUGAACAACCAGAGAUACGGCCUGAGCCCUGACUACUGGGGUCUGGGCUGCCUCAUCUACGAGAUGAUCGAGGGCCAGUCACCAUUCCGGGGCCGCAAAGAGAAGGUGAAGCGGGAGGAAGUGGACCGCCGGGUCCUGGAGACAGAGGAGGUGUACUCCCAAAAGUUCUCGGAGGAGGCCAAGUCCAUCUGCAAAAUGCUGCUCACCAAGGAUGCAAGGCAGAGAUUGGGCUGCCAGGAGGAGGGGGCUUCGGAGGUCAAGAGACACCCCUUCUUCAGGAACAUGAAUUUCAAGCGCUUAGAAGCCGGGAUGUUGGACCCUCCCUUUGUCCCAGACCCCCGCGCCGUGUACUGCAAGGACGUGCUGGACAUUGAGCAGUUCUCCACCGUGAAAGGCGUCAACCUGGACCACACGGACGAUGACUUCUACUCCAAGUUCUCCACGGGCUCCGUGCCCAUCCCAUGGCAGAGCGAGAUGAUAGAAACCGAGUGCUUUAAGGAGUUGAACGUGUUCGGACCCAAUGGUACCCUCUCAGCGGACCUGAACAGAAGCCACCCUCCAGAGCCGCCAAAGAAAGGGCUGUUCCAGAGAAUCUUCAAGCGUCAGCAUCAAAACAAUUCCAAGAGUUCACCCAAUCCCAAGACCAGUUUUAACCACCACAUAAAUUCAAACCAUGUCAGUUCAAACUCCACCGGAAGCAGCUAGUUGGAGCUCUGGCCUUGAAGUCCACGGUGGGACCAGCCUAGACCCUUGUCCUUAGAAGCAGAACUGGUAGACGGGGAGAGCUCUCCAGGAGCCGGGGAAGGAGGCCGCCCACCUCCUCGACGCAGAGCCUCCAGGUUUCUCAAAGAGAUUUCCACUCAGGUCUGUCUCCAGAGGUGGCCCUCAAGCCGACGUGGAACAUUGCAAUAGAAAUCCAGCCGGAUACGACAACUUGCACGUAGUUCGAUAGCGUCAUACCUAGAACUGAAUUUUGUCUUUAUUAUUUUUAAAGAAAAGUUUUGUAAAUUUCUCUAUCGUCUCAGUUUACAUUUUGUAUAUUUGUAUUUAAAUGAAAGUCAGACUCGGAGGGUGUGUAUGUUCUGUGCAGCCACUGUUAAGCCAUGUGUUUUCAGACGUUUUAGAGUGGGCAGGGUGGGGGGUGGGGAGGGGUUACCAAAAAAAAUGUGAUUCAAGACUUCCAGAGCCUCAAAUGAGAAAAUGUUUUUAUUAAAUGUAGAAAAUGAUUCACAUUCCACCUUUAAAGGAUUGGUUUUAUCCAUCUCUGUAACCUUUCCCUCACGUUGAUGUCACCAUGCUGUCAGCUUAGAACCUGAAUUAGGUGCUCCAGACACACUGGGGACUUCAGCCCCAUCAGACUAUCCCCCAUGGGGUCUCUGGAGUCACCUGGGGCCAAUGCUCAUGUUUCCUUUAGAGGCACACAGUGCCUGUGUUUCUCCAGCCUUGGCCUCCUCUUCCUUCUGGAAGGCGCACAGAGCUGGGCUUCUUUCUUUCAAACAGGUUCUGAUGGCUAAAACCUGUAUGUUUUCAAGACGCUUACUUUUGGGGAUUUUUGUUUUAUUCUGUUUUUAAAGGGACGCAUCUCGAUGAUAAGGAGUAGUCAGGGAACCCCAGCUCUCCUGAAUCCCGUUGCCCAGGGAGGCAUCAGUGAGAGAGGGUCAGGGGGGUCCUGUUGAAUGAGUCCAUGGGGGGGGGGGAGGCUUGCCCAGGGACUCCAAGCACAUUCCUUAGGCAUUAACAGGGUCACAGGGUCUGGAGAGCUUCCCAAGGCCCCACAGAUUCCCUGGCCUAGGUGGCAUGGGUGGGAUUGGCUCUCCAAGCAAUGGCGUAGCUGAGGAGAGGGCCGGGAUACCACAGAAGCCCAAGACACACUCACUGUCACUUCUUGGGAGAGGUGGGACAAAGGCGAGCUCUAACAGGGCAUCUCAAAACUUCAGGCGCAAAUAGCCCCCAGGAGGACUUGGUGGCCUUCCCAGACCAGGGUCUUCUGAGGGCAGUCUCCAGGCCCUUGGAGCAUGGCCAACCAGCACCAAGGAGCCACUGGCCUGUUGGCUCUACAAAGUGUCACCUCCCUCCUGCCCUAGCGGAGGGGGGAUGGUUGACACCCCUGCUCCCCUGCCUGGCUGAGUCCCUGGCAAUUGAGUCAGCCUCACUCAGACCUGGUGUCGGCUACCCGGCCAUUGCCAGGGCUCCUCCCAGUGUGGGUCCUGCACUACUUGCACUGGCAUUUCUGGUCAGAAUGCCGAUUCCUGGGUUCCACCCCAGACCUAUGGAAUGGAUUCUCUGGGAGUAGGGCCCAGGAAUCUGCCUUUUUAAGAAACUCUCCAGAACAUUCUAACAUACCCUCAAGGAAGGGCACUGCUGCCUUAGCUUCACUGGGGCUUUGGACGCAACUCUCCCCAAAUGAUUUCUUCCUGUGACCCGGGCAGCUUGGAGCACGAGCUUUGAGGGAGGAGAGCGUAGCCGGCGUGGCAGCCUCCUGUCCUGUGUCCGUGCUCCUCCCUCAGGCGGCCACUGGGGCCUGGAGCUCACCACCCGAGAGGGGCCGCCUUUGGGACCGACCGUUUUAGGUCACUCGACAAACACACGGCCGAGAAACAACAGCUGGGCUCCCCGAGGAUCCUUCCAACAUGCAGAAUUAGUUUCUUCAAGACCAGCUCUGGCCUCACGAGGCUGCUUCUGUUUCCUUUCCUGAACGGCGUACGAGGGAAAUGCAAACAGCAAUACUUGUUUUUGCUAAGAAAGUGGAGAGCUCCUUGACCAGUAUUUUUAAGAUCAAGCUCCUGCUGACCCUCCUUUCUUGAUGGAAAGGACAGUCAUCUUCCUGGGACGGUCACCAGCCCCAAGCUCCCACCCUCCCUCCUUCCUUUUGCCCAACUCACAGCAGCUGCGCGCUUACCGAAUGGUGUUGAGAAGCGUCUCUUUUCACGCCUCCGAGCCCCACGCUGGCCGUUGGCAGCGCAGAAUCCUCAAGGAGCAAGAAGGAAAACAUCAGACUGUUCCGUGUGUUUCUGCAUCCCGGAGCUGGAACGAGGCUAACGCACAGGCCUUCGUGGGCCUCUUAAAUGACACGGGUCUUCCUUUGCAUUGGCGGCCCGUCCCCAGCACAUGCCCUAGGCUGGGGUGCCGAAGCCAGCGUCUCGCUGUUCCCUCCCGUUCCUUUUGGACCCAUUCCUUUUGGACCUUCAUUUCCUGCAAGAGAAGGGAAGUCAUUAUUUAAAACAAUGCCUGAAAAUCAGCCUCCUUUCCACCAAGUGCCCCAGUCCCCGAGGCCCCCAAGGUCCUGCCCCUCCCCCAGCUUCUCCUCUAUCUUGUUUCCUAUAGCUGCAUUUUUAAAAGAUAUUUUUAAAUUAGGAAAACAACCAAAUAAACCCCACCUUUCUCCCCAUCCUCUUGUCUGGGAUGAGGCGUGUUUGGGCAGUGAAUGGAUUUUUUUUUUCCUCCUCAGCAUUUGAGCUCUUCACAGAAGGGCCUUUCUCCAAGUGUGACAUUUCCCUCCCCGGACGUUCGCUGACCUUGUGCCUUUGAGGGGAGAGGCAGGGCCCUACAGAAACAUCUCUGCUUCCACUUUUCAGGAGACAAGCUGCUGUCUCCAGUGGGACAGGGUGAUCUCUGCCACGAGCACCGUGACCGACAAAUGUUUAUAGAGCCCCCCCCACGGGGGGGGGCACUCCCAUAAGAUCACCUACAAUAUCACCAACGCCUGAGCCCUGCCUUCACGGGGAAGGCCUCCCCAUCCCAUGUCACCCAUUCUCACUCUUCCUAGGCCGGGAAAAUCACUCUUUAAACCGUGAACUUUCGAGAACUGCUCACCGGCAUAGCUGCUGAGCACCCCUGCGUCUCGAGAGGCCCCAGGAGGCUCGUGCCCUGCGAUGCACUGCUCUUUGCAAAUCCUCAGUCUUGAGGGGCAAGCCACGUGGGAGAGAGCAGGGUAUCUGGGUUUUAUGCACACUUGACAGUAGCCUGCCACGACACGGGCGUUCUGGGGACACAUGUGGACGCCGCCUUGGCAUCAAAGUCACGACCGGCUGCGGCCAGCUGCCCGCGAGCCCAGGGAGCCCAACGACGGUGCAGGGCAUGCCCUCAGAGUGGCCAGGGUCUCCAUGCCCCCCAAGGAGCCCGGCCCGCCAUCGAAGCUCCUUGCCACUCUUCUAUACCCCAUUCCUGGAAGGUUCGGGGCAUCAUCGGCUUCCCACAGACCCUCCCAAGUGAGCUGCUGACCCAGACCUCGCUUUGGAGGGAGCACCACUGCCUCCUUGUGCCUGGCAUCCCAGGCUUGGCCAAAGGGACUGGUGGCCUCGUGGACAAUCAGGAGGCUCCCACCCUCCCCCUGACCCCAGAUGAAGAGGAAGGGCCACUCGGGCGACAUCGGCCCUCCUCUUCGGCUGCUGCAUGCUCCCAGGUCCCUGCAAUCACCUGCACCAUCCAAGGACAACCUCGUGGUCACCUGUCCUCCCAGCCCCACCGUCCGAGACAGGACCUCCUCACUUCACAGCCUCUGUUGGAAAGAGAAGGAGUGUGACCUCGCGGUGCAUUUUGAAGCAACAGAGUUGAGUCCUGACCGGCAGAGAGUUCACUUCUCUCUGUCACAAGGGACCAGGACAGGGCAGCCUCACCCCCAGAAGCCCCUCGCCCGUGGGCUUUGGAAGACCGGAGUGUGCGGGUUAGAGCCUGCUCCGUGUGGCCGGAUUCUCCGCUGGUCUCGUGCCACGGACCGUGGUCCAAACACUUGAAAAGCUAGCUCUCCCCGGGACGGAAAGACACUUCCUAAAAGAAGAAUCUAGAGGUCUUUCUCCAGUCCAUCAAUGAGUCAUUUUUGUAAUAGAUCAAAAGCAAAUGUUCUCAAGUAGAAGAGCUUGGUGGCUGUUGGUAGUGUUACAUAAUAAUCCUAGUAUCCAAAGGUUUCUAUUUUUUUUUUUUUUCAGGGAAAUUUUCACACUGAUGCUGAAAGAAAAUAGUUCCAUUUUGGAGGUCAUUCCUGAAGAUAGCGGCUUUUGUUCUGCUGCUCUGAAUCUUUGUACGUUCCGUCUAAUAGGUCACUGUGCUGCUGUAUCUAGAUCAAACCACUGUUGUUUUUUUUUUAAGAGAAAUAAAUUCCUUAAUGAAAA